AUGUCAUCGUUUGUGCAUGGCCUCGCCAUCUCUUCUGCUACUGAUCAAAGACCCAGGGCAGCUUUCGUCUCCCUCGCCCAUGAGAACGAUCUGUCCGCGCUCCUGUCAUCAAUCUCCCAGCUGGAAGAGACGUUCAACUACCGAUACAAAUACCACUGGAUCUUCUUCAGCACUCAGCCCCUGAGCGAAGAAUUCAGACAGCAGACUUCGAACGCGACCGGUGCUGUUUGCUUCUACGAAGUGAUUUCCGAAGAUAAAUUGGCAUCUCCAAAACAACCGGUGGCGUUCAACAAGCUAUCGCCGGCUCAGACUGGCGGCGAGCAUGUCUCCGAAAUUGGCCGACGGGCGCAGUCCCUUGACCAGAUAUCCCGCUGGAACUCGGGACCAUUUGCCAGUGAGAAUCGGUUGAGAGAUUACGACUGGAUUUGGAGAAUUGAGCCAGGCGCUCAAUUUACCCACGACAUUACGUUUGACGUGUUCCGCUUUAUGCGAGACCACGGGAUUGCUUACGGCUUUAACGAGGCCUUGCUGGACAAGGACGAGAUACGAACUCAUUCACGACCGGUGAUUUCCUUCAUCGACAAACACCCAGAUUUGCUGCACGCAGACGCGGAUUUGUCGUGGCUCCUAGACUGCAACGACGGGUCGACUGCAGCCAAGACUCGGGGCAACGUGUCUGGAGGCCGCCAUCGUACUGCUAGCUGGUGGACUGAUUUGAUCAGCCUGAUGAUGCAGGGCAGUCUCAGUCAUCCUGAUUACGGUAUUGCUGACGGGCAACAGGACAAGAACCAUGACAGCGACGGCGAUGAAACGGGGCUGGAAGGAAUGUCGCCAACGUUUGACAUUGGCUCUCUAUCCUUCUUUCGAAGCCAGAGCCACCAAGAUCUGUUUCAUCACCUGGAUGCCGCUGUCGACUUUACCAGCCAACCGCUGCGGGAUAUGGCCGUGCCUACCAUCAGCGCCAGCAUGUUUCUUCCGCAGAAGAGCGUUUGGAACUAUCGCAAAAAGGAUACCCGACACGCAUACCGGCCGAGCCCUCCCGCACACACGCAAAAGCCGAAACUGAAAGUGUUUGAGCACAACUUGGAGUUCAAUCUUGGAGGGCGGAACCGGAUGGUAGGACCGCAGCGUCGGGAUAGCAUCCGGGAACAAGAGAGGAACCCUCGCGAGAGCAUGGCCGAGUACUUUGUGCUCUGGAACCUCAUGGCUCAAGAUCUCAGUAGACAGGAUGCUAUCCCCGGCUUGCAGUCUGGACACACUGUGAUUGACGAGAGGAACUUUUCACUGAGCUCCAAAGAGUCGACUGGCUAG